UUUUUUAUUGACACUUUCUCCUAAGUGCUACUAAUAUAUACUAAUAAAUAAUAAUACUAGUCUAUGAUUUUGUCAUGUGUAUAGUAUAGUACAGUAUAUAGUAGUACUCCUCCAAGUUUGUUUUACAUUUUUCUUACUGAUUCAAACAUGAAACUUGGGAUUUGAUUGUGACCACUGAUUAUCCUCACUCACCAAUGAAUCUAUCUACUGCUCUACCUUAGUACGGAUGUAUGUAUUCACCACUUCUAUGUUGUUUAUGUCAUGUCUUCACCAUAUAUAACUUUUUUGCUCAAAUAGUUUCUCACUGCGUUAAAAACAACAGUGUUGAUUCGAUUCGAUUCGAUUCCCUCUCCAUAAAAACCUCUCUCCUUUCACUGUUCUAGAGAUAUAUUCACAUGCCUCAACAACUUCUUCUUUUCUUAUUUAAUCACUUUCUCUUUCUCUCACAUACUCAAAAGCUAUUAUUAUGUCUAACUCAAUGACCCAUCAAAAUCAGUUUGAGAACCAAGAUUUACUAGGUAGUGGUGGUUAUGUUUCAUCUUCUUCUUCUUUAAGGAACAACAAUGCUUAUUCUCAAACAUUCCAUCACAAUAUUGAACAGCUAUCACAAGGUUCUGAAAUGAGUCAUACAAGACAUUUGAUGGAUCUGCUUGGUGCAGCAAACGACAACAACAAUCAUCAAACUCAUCAACAAGGUUUAUCACUUUCUCUAGGCUCUCACAUGCUUGUUGUUCCUACUUCUGAUGAAUACAGAAACCGUUCCUUGAAUCAAGGUCUUAUGAUUAACCCAACAUACUUCAUGUCUGCUCAAGAACAGACACGUGAUCAACCUGUGGUGGAGAAUAAUAAUAAUAAUAAUAAUCUUACAAGUGAUUAUUUUUAUGGAAGUUUUGGUUCAGGUGGUUCUUCUAAUAACUCAUUGUUGAACCGUUCUACUUCUACUUCUUAUGGAAAUGAGAGUUUUGGUUCUGUUAUUGGAAACUCUAGAUAUCUUAAACCGGUUCAGUCGCUUCUUGAAGAUCUUGUUGAUGUUGGUGGAAAUGUGAUUGAUAGAAUGAAUGAAAAGUAUGCUGAGAAACUGUUUCAUGCAAGUAGAACUGGUGCUAGAACACUUUCUUCUGAGCUUAAAGCUGAGUUGAGGAUUCAUGGACAUUUGUUGGCUGAUAAACAUGAACAUCAAGUCAAAAUUGCCAAGCUCAUUUCUUUGUUGGAUGAGGUUGAGAGUAGAUAUGAGAAAUAUUAUCAUCAAAUGGAAGAAGUGGUGUCAUCUUUUGAAAUGAUAGCAGGUUUAGGAGCUGCUAAAUGUUACACUGCUUUGGCACUUCAAGCAAUGUCUAGACAUUUUUGUAGCUUAAGAGAUGCAAUAAUGUCACAAAUAAAUGUUGAGAAAAGAAAACUGUUUCAAGAUGUACCAAAAAUCAACAAUGGAUUAUCUCAACUUAGUUUAUUUGAGAGAGAAAACAAUAGUAACAACAGACAGAAUAGAAUGUCUCUUCAACAACUUGGAAUCAUUCAGAAUCAAAGACAAGUUUGGAGACCUAUUAGAGGCUUACCUGAAACCUCUGUUGCAAUUCUUCGUGCUUGGUUGUUUGAGCAUUUUCUUCAUCCGUAUCCUAAUGAUUCUGAGAAAUUAAUGCUGGCUUCGCAAACCGGUUUAACUAAAAACCAAGUGUCAAAUUGGUUCAUAAAUGCGAGGGUAAGGUUAUGGAAACCAAUGAUAGAAGAAAUGUACAAAGAAGAGUUUGGAGACUCAUCUGAAGACUCCAAUCCACAAGCUAACAAUUACAUGUCAAGAGAAGAUGCAACAGACUGUGUGGAGGAUUAGGAAUUAGUUUAAUUUAAUUAAAGCUUCUGAAGAUAAAAAAGAAUUUUGUUGGAAAUAUUAGUACUUAUGUAACAUUGACAAGAUGGGGCAAUAUGUUUUUGAGGUGAAUUUAUAGUUUUUGAAAUUCAUGAGUAAUGAUGUUGGUUAGAUUAGUAACAAAGCAGACAUCAUUGUUUUGACCCUUCCUUGUAGUCAUGUCAUCAGCUUGAUACUACUACCAUGUACUGUUGAUAUGAAACAGAAAGGAAUGGAUAACAGAAUUGUUUUUCCAUUA